UUCUCAGUUUUUGACGGGUCGUCUUGGAAGAGCCGAGACUAGCCGAGCCGAGCCGAGGGAGAUACGAUACGAUACGAUUACGCAUGUUCCGUUUCCGAAAACACCCCCUGGAAGAUUUUCCAGAAGCGUUGAGGAGGAGGAGGAGUUGGGAAUUGGGAUAGGCAGGCGUGCGUUGAGUGAAGAGGAAGAAAUCGAAGCUCAUACCCCUUUUUCUUCCUUCUUCCCCAAGAACUUAAUUCAAUUUUGAUUAUUACCUAUAGUUUUCGGGAACAAGAAAAAUUCAGGGGAAAAAAUUCAAAAUGGGAUUGCAGCAAUCGAAAGACGAACUGCUAUACAAGCGAGUGAAUUCGGGAGAUAUUGAAGCCAUCAAAGCUCUGCGGAGGGAAGGCGCCGGGCUUGAGUGGACUGAUAAAGAAAGAAAGACUCCAUUGAUUGUUGCUUGCACAAGUUUGGAGCUUUAUAAUGCAGCUAAAACUUUGAUAGAAUUGGGCGCCAAUGUCAAUGCUUAUAGUCGAGGUUGCAAUGGAGGAACCCCUUUACAUCAUGCUGCAAGAAGAGGCCUCGAGCAGACUGUGAAUUUACUUCUUUCACAUGGGGCAAAUGCACUAGAAAUGAACGACGAAUAUCAAACCCCUCUUGAUAUUGCAAGACUUAAAGGACAUGGUAAUGUUGUCCGAGCAAUUGAGGGGCGUAUCUGCUUUUUCUCUGGAUGGCUGCGGGAACUUCAUGGUCCCGGCUUUCUUGAUCUUCUGGCUCCUCAGUUACUUUCAAGAAGAGUGUGGGUGGUUGUUUUGCCUUGUGGCUCCCGGAAUAAGCGAAAGCCUUUGAGAUUGGAGGUCGCAAUAUACUCUAACCUGGAGGAUUCCCAACCGCGCACCAUCAUACCUCUGUCGAAAGCUAAGUUAGAAGAGCCCAAAUUCCACCAGCCUGACCCGGUAGCGAUAAUCUCUCAUAUUUCGAAAAUUUCGAAACUCUGGAGGAAGAGGCGCGGGAUUAAACACUCCCAAGAGGCAGGCCGUGGUACGCGUAUUAAACUUGCCCCCGUGCAUGCUGUCGAAAAGCAUCUAUUACGGGAUUUCUCCAACGCCUGCAACGGAGUUCGCCAGGCGACGACGCACCCAUCGUUCCCCGUCCCGAUUCCUCCGGCAGGAGUGUAUACCGUCCCUACCGCUCCUGCGGCGACAUUUCCGACGCCUACGGCUCCGGCAUCUGCGCAAUUGUCGUCCGAAGACGAAGAAUUAGCCGCGGCAAUUAAAGCCUCCCUCCAGUCCUCCCCGCGGCCUCCAUCGCCGGAUACGAAUCCUCCCUUCACAAAAUCAGUAUAUGCCGAUAUGAAAAGCUCAGGUAACCAAUCGAGCAUUCCGGCGCGCGUUGAUCAGAGUCGUUCUGAUGGUGGCGCGUCUGCGGAGAUAUCGGAGAAUUCGUCGUGCACGAUAUGCCUGGAUGCUGCGGUCGAGGGGGCUUGCAUACCGUGCGGGCAUAUGGUCGGGUGCAUGUCGUGUUUGAAGGAGAUUCAGGGGAAGAUGUUCGGGUGCCCCGUGUGCCGUUCGCGCAUCGAUCAAGUCGUAAGGAUUUAUGCUGCUUAGUCGACUCAACUCGACUCGUCUUGUGUUGUUCUUGUUCGUCGACCUUAUCUUAUAUAAAUAAAUAAUGUGAGUUACUUCGUGUUUAAACUUUUAGAUCAGACGGUCUUUUAUUCCAAAAUUUGUUGAUAUCAUCAAACUGUAAUGUUUUCUUUAAUGGCACAAGAUUUUGCUAAGGGUGUGUUAGUUUGCAA